ACUACGCAUCCCAACCGCCGCGUCCUCAGUCUGCCGGAACGACACCUCAGCUCCUCAACCUCAGUCCAGCCAUCGCCUCCCCGGAACCCGACCAUGGACAUGUUCAACUUCACAACCGCAGCCUCGUCCUCGGCAAUACCUUCAUAUGCCCCGGUGGCCAGCAGCAGUGCCGCCAACAGCGGCCGCAACUUGGGCGACAUGACCUUCUCCCAGCUGGCGUCGCAGUACGGCAAUCGCAAUCAUCCCCUGCAGUCGAUCCUCUCUCAGGGCAAGGAGUCUCGUGAAUCCAAACGGAUAAAGGUCGAGUCGCCGCACUCAGCCUUGGACUCGAUCGACUCGUGGCUCCAGUUUGACGAGGAGGCCGAUAAGUUUGGUAGCUUUGAGAUUGACUUUUCCAAGCAAUACAACCCGGCCAACCAGCCAAGGCCGUCCACAAAUAUGACACCUGGUCUGGGCAGUGGCCUUUAUGCCAAUCCCACCAACCAGUUCAGAGAAGAAGACUUCCUCGAUGAUAGCGCCUUUGACCAUUCUCUGUCCGAGGAUGACGACUUGUUUGAUACGAUGAACCUUAAUGACCAGCUGCCCAAGAUUGAGACGCAGCCCUCGACCGAAGCUCAAUCAUCCAGGAGUCUGUACUCCACGCCGUCAAUGGGCUGGGAGAAGCCCCAGGCGGGAAUUCACCCAAGCGCUGUCUCCAUGGCGGAAGAGAUCCCUAGACGCAUGGGCAGCGAUGCCUGGGAUUCCAUGCCUCAAGCUGCUGCCAAUUUUAACCUCAACCUAGAAGAGCGCCGCCGGCUUCUCGAGAUUGCCAUGGGCCCCAGCCGGAUGUCAGCUUUCAUCUCUCCCAAUCGAUUCAAUACGGGAUUCGGAGCUUCUUCGAUGCAGCCCAGCAUGAGCCAGGAUUUCAGCAGCUUCAACUUUGGCCCCAAACAGGGCAUGAGCCAUGUGGGAAUGUUCCAGAGAAACAACUCUACCGACACCACAGCCUCUGGACUCUCCCAGCCCAGCCGGGAUCUGAAACACAGGCACUCCAAGCACGAGACGCCACCCAAGAUGGUGCCUGCGAAACGGCCAAGCACGCAUUCGGAAAGCAGCAGCGUGAGCAAAGAAAAGGCAAAGUCUGCGGAUCGCAUUGCGCAUAACGACGUUGAACGGAAAUAUCGGACCAAUCUCAAGGACAAGAUCACUGAGCUGCGCAAUGCGGUGCCGGCAUUACACCAGGUGGCUGAAGGAGAGCCUGAUAGCGCACAAGGGAAUUCCAAAGUCAGCAAGGGCACUGUGCUCACAAAGGCAACGGAAUACAUCCACCAACUAGAACAACGCAACAAAGAUAUCAUGUCGGAGCAUAAGCAGCUCGCACGGAGGCUCCAAGCAUUCGAAGCACUCCUCAACGAUUCGAUGAGAGUCGACAUCAUGCCCAGUCAUAGCAUGGCACUCUUUGACCCGAGAGGAUUCUGUUGAGUCAUUUGUAUCAUUAUCAUACGUUUUUUAUUACAUAUUGAUUCGAGUACGAUUGCAUGAAAACAAAAAGAUAUACAAUUGUUUAUUUGCGGAAAAGUUUCUUCGACAAACUUUCCCUUGGCGGGCAUUUCAAUUUUUUCGGCCAUGUUUUUUAUGUUCACUUUCUUUGUUUUUCAUUAUUCUGCUACAGCCGCCGCCAUUUACACCUACUACUACACACCUCUCUACUUUUCGGCGUUAUGGUAAACACUGUCCUUUUUAGACAAAACGUGGCAUGAAAAACUUAAGACAAAGGGUGUAUAUAUUACUCGGUAUUGGCGGUCUUCUUGAAAGUCAUCUACUUGUUCAUAUGGGAAAUCAGGGAAGGGGAUGGGAAGGAGGAGGAAAACUGAUUAAAGGCAAUGUGGGUCUGGGAAAGGUUCAGGCGAGGCAUACUACUUUUUUACGAAAGACACAUUUUCUAUUUGUGUGAAAGCAACAUCAAGAAGACGAAGAACAAAAUUUUCCACGCAUUUUUGGGCAAAAUGACGGUGUGACUAGGGGCAAAAAGAGGGAGAAAGAGAAAAGAAGAAAAAAAGGAUAAAUUAAUGUAUGAAGAAGGAAUAGAUUUGGCGGCAAAGCAUUACCAAAAAGAAAGAAUGGGCUGCUCAGAGAAAGAAACAAAAAAAGGGAGCACCUAGCUUAUCGUGAAUACCAGAAAAAAAACGACCAAUAGAGCAUUUCUCCGGAGGCGUCUCUUUGCCUUGAUUU